GCUGGAGCUUCUUUUCACCACAGUUCCCAGCAUGCCUGGGAGUGGCUGGGAGAGCUCAACUGUUUUCAUUGGGACCAGGGCUGGGCGGAGGGUUUGCAGAGUUGACACCAGACCGAUUAGGAAGAACCGACCUGAAGACUGAACGCUGAGGAGAAAGAACACUGUGAAGGAGGUUUUAGGCUGGAGUCAUGAGGGUGGGAGCUGCUUCUUUGGCUGGGGGGAUAUUUGGGGUACUAGGGACUCUGUGUUUCUUCCUUGCCUUCAGUACAGACUACUGGCUGGUGGCCAGUGACAACUGUGGACCGUAUACAUGGCCAACACUGACUGUAGAUGCCAAUGGGACUGAGAUCCAGUCAGUGGAAGCUGUCACUGCUUCUCCUCCGUCCCUCACUUUACACCACGAGGGCUUCUUCUGGCGAUGUGUGUUUCAGGUGGAGCCCACAGCACACGCAGUCCUGGCCACGCUCUUCACAAACCAGCCAGAAUCCAAGGUCUGUAUCCAUGGUUACCUCUUCCCUCUGCCUGUUGCACUUGGACCGGUGCCACAUCCAAGUUAUGAUGCUACAGCAGUGUUUCGGGGCUUCUGGACCGUGUUGAUAAUCCUGGGCCUGGUCGCAGCUCUAAGUGGAGGAUUCCUCCUGGUCUGCGGUGUCCCCUUCUUCAGCCACAAACUCUACAAGCUGGGCGGGGCUUUCCUCAUCGCUGCUGCCUGCUUGUUCCUGUUCAUGCUGCUGCUCUAUGUACUGUGGAUGGAGGUGACGGAGGUGACUCGCUACGUCCUGCAGGAGAGAGGAGAGGAGUGUCCCCAUGCCCAGGUCUCUGUGCUCUACGGCCUGUCGUUCAUGGUGGCGGCCGCCGGCGUGCCUCUGGAGCUGAUCUCAGGGGCGGUCUUCAUGCUGGUGGGCCGGGCGCUGCGGACCAGCAAGUGAGCUCGCCAUCUGGCCCGUAAGGAGAAGAAAGGACUGACCUUUCAGGUCCUGCACUGGGAGGCAGCAGCACACAUGUGGGACGUGGAUGAAAGACAUGAUGAAUGUUACAGCACCACUCUAUGGAUAUCACAAAGCAUGCGGUCAGAGACAAUGAUUUCAUGAUAAUAAAUAAUAAUCUUUA